GUUGAUGUGUCUCAUUAUAACAGCCAAUGCAGCCGCCAUCCACGCACAAGCAAAGAAGCAUGUCCCAUUUAAAUACACCCACGCAGCCCCAGCGCCCUUAGCCGAUCGGGGCGCUCAGCCCACACGCACCGCUGCUCGGGGCUUGGAGAUCCGCGCAGGUUGGGCUCCCGGACCCGGCGGACCGACGCGCGGAGGAUCGGGAUCCGGCGCUGUGGGGCUGGGGUGGGCGGGGGAGGCUGGGCCCGGGGCCUCUGGCGCGACACCCGCAUGAGGACGCGAGUGAAAUAGACCAAGGUGGAAUUUCCAAGGGAAAAGCUUCGGGGUGGUUUUGGUCCAUUUCUCCAGCGAAGAAGUAGACAUGGCGAGCGACUCCCCGGCUCGAAGCCUGGAUGAAAUAGAUCUCUCGGCUCUGAGGGACCCCGCAGGGAUCUUUGAAUUGGUGGAACUUGUUGGAAAUGGAACAUACGGGCAAGUUUAUAAGGGUCGUCAUGUCAAAACGGGCCAGCUUGCAGCCAUUAAGGUUAUGGAUGUCACAGGGGAUGAAGAGGAAGAAAUCAAACAAGAAAUUAACAUGUUGAAGAAAUAUUCUCAUCACCGGAAUAUUGCUACAUACUAUGGUGCUUUUAUCAAAAAGAACCCACCAGGCAUGGAUGACCAACUUUGGUUGGUGAUGGAGUUUUGUGGUGCUGGCUCUGUCACCGACCUGAUCAAGAACACGAAAGGUAACACGUUGAAAGAGGAGUGGAUUGCAUACAUCUGCAGGGAAAUCUUACGGGGGCUGAGUCACCUGCACCAGCAUAAAGUGAUUCAUCGAGAUAUUAAAGGGCAAAAUGUCUUGCUGACUGAAAAUGCAGAAGUUAAACUAGUGGACUUUGGAGUCAGUGCUCAGCUUGAUCGAACAGUGGGCAGGAGGAAUACUUUCAUUGGAACUCCCUACUGGAUGGCACCAGAAGUUAUUGCCUGUGAUGAAAACCCAGAUGCCACAUAUGAUUUCAAGAGUGACCUGUGGUCUUUGGGUAUCACCGCCAUUGAAAUGGCAGAAGGUGCUCCCCCUCUCUGUGACAUGCACCCUAUGAGAGCUCUCUUCCUCAUCCCCCGGAACCCGGCGCCUCGGCUGAAGUCUAAGAAGUGGUCAAAAAAAUUCCAGUCAUUUAUUGAGAGCUGCUUGGUAAAGAAUCACAGCCAGCGACCAGCAACAGAACAAUUGAUGAAGCAUCCAUUUAUACGAGACCAACCUAAUGAGCGACAGGUCCGCAUUCAACUCAAGGACCAUAUUGAUAGAACAAAGAAGAAGCGAGGAGAAAAAGAUGAGACAGAGUAUGAGUACAGUGGAAGUGAGGAAGAAGAGGAGGAGAAUGACUCAGGAGAGCCCAGCUCCAUCCUGAAUCUGCCAGGGGAGUCGACGCUGCGGAGGGACUUUCUGAGGCUGCAGCUGGCCAAUAAGGAGCGUUCUGAGGCCCUACGGAGGCAGCAGCUGGAGCAGCAGCAGCGGGAGAAUGAGGAGCACAAGCGGCAGCUGCUGGCCGAGCGUCAGAAGCGCAUUGAGGAGCAGAAGGAACAGAGGCGGCGGCUGGAGGAGCAACAAAGGCGAGAGAAGGAGCUGCGGAAGCAGCAGGAGAGGGAGCAGCGCCGGCAUUAUGAGGAGCAGAUGCGCCGGGAGGAGGAGAGGAGGCGUGCGGAGCAUGAACAGGAAUACAUCAGGCGACAGUUAGAGGAGGAGCAGAGACAGUUAGAGAUCUUGCAGCAGCAGCUACUGCAUGAACAAGCUCUACUUCUGGAAUAUAAGCGCAAACAACUGGAAGAACAGAGACAAGCAGAAAGACUGCAGAGGCAGCUAAAGCAAGAAAGAGACUACUUAGUUUCCCUUCAGCAUCAGCGGCAGGAGCAGAGGCCUGUGGAGAAGAAGCCACUGUACCAUUACAAAGAAGGAAUGAGUCCUAGUGAGAAGCCAGCAUGGGCCAAGGAGGUAGAAGAACGGUCAAGGCUCAACCGGCAAAGUUCCCCUGCCAUGCCUCACAAGGUUGCCAACAGGAUAUCUGACCCCAACCUGCCCCCAAGGUCGGAGUCCUUCAGCAUUAGUGGAGUUCAGCCUGCUCGAACACCCCCCAUGCUCAGACCAGUCGAUCCCCAGAUCCCACAUCUGGUAGCUGUAAAAUCCCAGGGACCUGCCUUGACUGCCUCCCAGUCAGUGCACGAGCAGCCCACAAAGGGCCUCUCUGGGUUUCAGGAGGCUCUGAACGUGACCUCCCACCGCGUGGAGAUGCCACGCCAGAACUCAGAUCCCACCUCUGAAAACCCUCCUCUCCCCACUCGCAUUGAAAAGUUUGACCGAAGCUCUUGGUUACGACAGGAAGAAGACAUUCCACCAAAGGUGCCUCAAAGAACAACUUCUAUAUCCCCAGCAUUAGCCAGAAAGAAUUCUCCUGGGAAUGGUAGUGCUCUGGGACCCAGACUAGGAUCUCAACCCAUCAGAGCAAGCAACCCUGAUCUCCGGAGAACUGAGCCCAUCUUGGAGAGCCCCUUGCAGAGGACCAGCAGUGGCAGUUCCUCCAGCUCCAGCACCCCUAGCUCCCAGCCCAGCUCGCAAGGAGGCUCCCAGCCUGGAUCACAAGCAGGAUCCAGUGAACGCACCAGAGUUCGAGCCAACAGUAAGUCAGAAGGAUCACCCGUGCUCCCCCAUGAGCCUGCCAAGGUGAAACCAGAAGAACCCAGGGACAUUACCCGGCCCAGUCGACCAGCUAGCUAUAAAAAAGCUAUAGAUGAGGGAGAAAUGGAUCUGACGGCAUUAGCCAAAGAACUAAGAGAACUCCGGAUUGAAGAAACAAACCGCCCAAUGAAGAAGGUGACUGAUUACUCCUCCUCCAGUGAAGAGUCAGAAAGUAGCGAGGAAGAGGAGGAAGAUGGAGAGAGCGAGACCCAUGAUGGGACAGUGGCUGUCAGCGACAUACCCAGACUGAUACCAACAGGAGCUCCAGGGAGCAACGAACAGUACAAUGUGGGAAUGGUGGGGACGCAUGGGCUGGAGACCUCUCACGCAGACACUUUCAGCGGCAGUAUUUCAAGAGAAGGAACCUUGAUGAUUAGAGAGACGUCUGGAGAAAAGAAGCGAUCUGGCCACAGUGACAGCAAUGGCUUUGCUGGCCACAUCAACCUCCCUGACCUGGUGCAGCAGAGCCAUUCUCCAGCUGGAACCCCGACUGAGGGACUGGGGCGCGUCUCAACCCAUUCCCAGGAGAUGGACUCUGGGACUGAAUAUGGCAUGGGGAGCAGCACCAAAGCCUCCUUCACCCCCUUUGUGGACCCCAGAGUAUACCAGACGUCUCCCACUGAUGAAGAUGAAGAGGAUGAGGAAUCAUCAGCCGCAGCUCUGUUUACUAGCGAACUUCUUAGGCAAGAACAGGCCAAACUCAAUGAAGCAAGAAAGAUUUCGGUGGUAAAUGUAAACCCAACCAACAUUCGGCCUCAUAGCGACACACCAGAAAUCAGAAAAUACAAGAAACGAUUCAACUCAGAAAUACUUUGUGCAGCUCUGUGGGGUGUAAACCUUCUGGUGGGGACUGAAAAUGGCCUGAUGCUUUUGGACCGAAGUGGGCAAGGCAAAGUCUAUAAUCUGAUCAACCGAAGGCGAUUUCAGCAGAUGGAUGUGCUGGAGGGACUGAAUGUCCUUGUGACAAUUUCAGGAAAGAAGAAUAAGCUACGAGUUUACUAUCUUUCAUGGUUAAGAAACAGAAUACUACAUAAUGACCCAGAAGUAGAAAAGAAACAAGGCUGGAUCACUGUUGGGGACUUGGAAGGCUGUAUACAUUAUAAAGUUGUUAAAUAUGAAAGGAUCAAAUUUUUGGUGAUUGCAUUAAAGAAUGCUGUGGAAAUAUAUGCUUGGGCUCCUAAACCAUAUCAUAAAUUCAUGGCAUUUAAGUCUUUUGCAGAUCUCCAGCACAAGCCUCUGCUAGUUGAUCUCACGGUAGAAGAAGGUCAAAGAUUAAAGGUUAUUUUUGGUUCACACACUGGUUUCCAUGUAAUUGAUGUUGAUUCAGGAAACUCUUAUGAUAUCUACAUACCAUCUCAUAUUCAGGGCAAUAUCACUCCUCAUGCUAUUGUCAUCUUGCCUAAAACAGAUGGAAUGGAAAUGCUUGUUUGCUAUGAGGAUGAGGGGGUGUAUGUAAACACCUAUGGCCGGAUAACUAAGGAUGUGGUGCUCCAAUGGGGAGAAAUGCCCACGUCUGUGGCCUACAUUCAUUCCAAUCAGAUAAUGGGCUGGGGCGAGAAAGCUAUUGAGAUCCGGUCAGUGGAAACAGGACAUUUGGAUGGAGUAUUUAUGCAUAAGCGAGCUCAAAGGUUAAAGUUUCUAUGUGAAAGAAAUGAUAAGGUAUUUUUUGCAUCCGUGCGAUCUGGAGGAAGUAGCCAAGUGUUUUUCAUGACCCUCAACAGAAAUUCCAUGAUGAACUGGUAACAGAAGAGCACUUGGCACUUAUCUUCAUGGCGUUAUUUCUAAUUUAAAAGAACAUAACUCAUGUGGACUUAAUGCCAGUCUAGAGGCAGAAUCAGAAGGCUUGGUUGAACAUAUCGCUUUCCCCUUUUCCUCUCCCUCCGCCCCUCCCAAUACAGUCCAUCUUUCAAUGUUGCAGCCUGGUUGAGAAGGAGAGAAAAAGGUGGCAGGAAUUUCCAGGAGAUCCCCAAGAAUGCUGCCUUGUCUAUGGACAAAGAUGGACCAUGUGCCCUUCGGAGUUAAGGAUAGAAACAAAUAUUGUGUGCUCUUAACGAUUAAGCUGUGUUAUGGUGGGUUUUCAGGUAUUUACCUUUUUUCUUUACCCCUUUACUCUGUAAGAAUGGGGAAAGAAUGCAUACUGAGAAAAUGAGUCUGUUUUUAAUUCUGUCUGCCUACUAGUUUUAAGUAUAUGGUAUGUUGUAGAAUUUCCAAUUUCCAGUGACGAGAGACAGCACAAUAAAUAUACCUUAUCUCCUUAGGCUGAAGGCCAUAACUACAUAGUGGAGUAAUUUAAGAACUCUCUUGCCUUCACCAACCCAAAAGGUUGCUUUUUGAUAGCAACCGGCUAAUGAAUUUUUAAAAAGAGAAGAAAAAUACUAGUUUUCCCCUCUUUUGGGAAAUAGAUUUUAAAUGGCUAAACUACUAGCCUUAAAACUACUAGUCUAAUAAAAUCAACUACCACUUUUGUGAAUCUGACAGGCCAUAUUUUUAUAUGGCCCUUUACACAAUGGAGUGUGUUGAAUAGGAUACUAAUGCCAUUGAGUUGAGCUGGCCUAGUGAUUGAGGGACUCUCUAACACAACUUUCCCUCAGCUAUUAUGCAACAGAUGAGGGCAAAAAGAUGGGAUGACAGAUGGGGUCAGACAGAAAGAGCUUCUGGGAAACAAGCUUACAUAGUCUUUUUUAAAAUGCACAAAGCCUCCCGGCUAAGAGGUCACCUGGUUUGGGCUUCAUUAGGACUGAGACUUUGUUGAGUUCUUGCUGGGACUUGGGGAGUGGAUGAUAUUCAGGCUCUGAACAUUCCCAGCUCUCUCCUGAGGGUGCCACUUUCUCAAGAUGAAAACUGUGACUGAAAAAUUAAUAAUAAAUGUUUCUGAGCUGCCUGUGUUCUCCCUGGGUGGGUGAGAGAAGGGACUAGACUCCUAAGCCUGCCUCAGAUACAGGAGGCAUCAUUGGCUCCAGUUUUAGAGAACUUGAAAGCAAGGCUUUGGACAAAAUUUUGAGACCCUAAUCACUUUACCUUCCUCCAAAUUACCCAACAUACGGUAAACAACAUUUGUGCAAAAAUAUGUAUGUAUUUAGUUCAGGUUGACUUGUGUCCUUAUAAACUCUUACUCAAAUGAUUUGAACUUUUACGCGACUGGGAUUUUUUUUUUCCAAAGCUACAAGCAUGGCCGCCUGUGGUAUCGAGGUGUUGCAAACAAUAUCUGUGUUGCGCUUCCUGUUUUAACCUACCUCGUUUUGUUUGUUUUUGUUUCACUGUUCAUCACAGCAGUGUUAUCUCCAGGAGACAUAUAGAGAGCUCAACUGGCAAUCUCAGGUGCAUUUAACAUUUUUAAAACGAAACAGUAGUUGACCAAAUUUUUCUUCUUAAAAAAUUGGAGGUGGGGUGAAUCCAAUGACAAAAACUAAUGUGGCUUGUUUCUGGAGAAAAUAAUUACUGUAAACGGAUCAAAAAAAAAAAAAAACUAUGAUCCUACUGAUUUUGUCUAAAUACACGAGCAGCUAAUGUACUAUUAAUGAGAACGAAAUACACAUUAGGAAAAGGGAGCCAUUUCAAUCUAGUGGUUUGGGCAAGAUGGGGAAGAGAAGGGGAAACAUUCUAGUUUCUGGAUUACAUUAUUAUGCCCCUCCUUAAAAGGUGGUUGUCAUUUGCAUUUAUUUAAAGCGGGCAAUAUGCAGGAAUGUAACUGAGGAUUAUCUUCAGGCAAUCAGCAAGAUAUCCUCCUCAUGGUCCCUUUAGCUCUCAAAAGCAAUGAAAUCCUCCUGUUCUCAUUUUUACUGCUGUGGUUGUGCUGCUGAACAAUACUAUCUUCUCAAAUUCCAUGCCACAAAUUCAGCAAUAACUUUUUGGAUUGAAUUUAACAACUACUGUAAUUGGAUGCUGAUGUGGACAAAAUAUAUUGAUUUCGAUUUCACUCCCGAAUGUGAUUGCCACCAGCUCUUUAUAUUGCUGCUGUGGUAUUUUAAACCAGAAGCUUCUUUAAAUUAUGUUGCAAACUGAUCUUUGUUUUUAUGUUUGUUUUGUUUUUAUUUCUAAGUGAUAAGUUUGAAACACACAGCUUUAAAUGAUUUUUUUAUUGUGGGAUUUUGGGUACAGUUAAGAAAUAAAAGGGAAUCAUUGUGUUUAAACAUAAGGUAGUUUGUGAAUGUAUUUUUUAAAAUCUAGAUUCAUUGAAACAAAUCAUAAGAAAACAAUAUUAAUGCAGUCUUGUUUACAGUAUGUACAGUGACAUAACAUAGAACAUGAGCUUUUCUGGUGCCAACAACAAUAAAACACAGACGUUAAACAUCAAGCCAUGCCUUUUAUAUUUUUGUACUAAUAUUUUACACUGAGUACAAGGCAAAUCCAAAUUUAAAUGGGCCCCCCAGAAAUCUGUGCUCUUUUAAAGAAUUCAAUGAAGCUUUUAUCUUCAAAAAUAAAUUUUCCUCCAGCAAGACAGACCCCAGCCCUGACAUAAGGAGGCCCAGAACAUGCAGAAUACGUCAGAAUGGUGUCCUUGUGGCUCAUCCAAACUUUCUGAAUUGCCUUAAUUCUUUUUGGGGGUAGGGGAGGAAUGGUUGCUUUUCAUCCAUUUUUAUAGCAUCUCAACAAAAAAUUCUUUAGUUUUGAUCUUUUCAUAGGUGAUUUUGUCUCUAGAAAUUGGCUCAUUUUAUUUUUAUUUUCCUACAAACAGAAACUGGAGAAACUGAGCCCUCCCCUCAGAGUAAGUUUCACUAGAUCUGCCAGUUCUUUCUUACUGCUCUAAAUUAACAAUCAUCCAGUAAAAUCUACUGAGCCUGCCCACACCAUAGUCUGGGUCUGGGCUCUGACAGGUGACCAUCAUUCCUGGGUGCCAGUCAAGGAUACUGUAGCAUGGAUUCCUGCAUCCAGUGGUGGUAGGAAUGGAUGACCUGUGAAGUUCCCUCAAAUAAUGAGGCUCUUCCCCCUGCCAGUUCCAGCCAGACCACUGUCAUAACACACAAUGCAAAUGAAGACAGCUUUCACUAAGUUCCACAUAAAAUCGAACAGCUCUAUUUUAGAUAGAUCUCAUUAUUUUUUCUUGGAGACUUCUAAACAAUCCUUCAAGAAGACCUAGAACUAUUAUUUUUAUUAAACAGGGUAUAUUAAGUUAUGGGUGAAAUCUCACAAGGCCACCUGGACAGGGGCUCCAUUUUUCUAAAACUUUGACAUUGUUUUCUAGGGUGCACUCCUAAUAUACUUUGCAUCAAGUACAUGUUUUUUAAAAACACCUUAGUUCCUGGUUGUCAAAACCUACUAACAAUUUUUUGUCUGUUCUUGUGACUCAUUGGUAAUUGGUGUCUCUGGUCCCUCCUGUCCAGUAGAUUAUUAGAAAGAUGUGAAAUUCAAGCCAGAACCAUUCGCUGCCAGAAAAGGAAGUGGCUAAAGUCUCACAUUCCACGAAGUUUAAAAAAAAAAAUGCUUUCCCUACUAUUAUGUGUACCAGUUCCCGUCACUGUAUUCUUGAAACUUGGAAGAGCUCUUUGUGUUAACAGUGUGUGCUGUCUUUGAAAGUCUGCUUGAACAGGCAUCACUUGCAUUUGUGCUGAUUGCUUUAAGAUGUAAGAUGUGCUACAUUAUUUUUAAGAAAGAAGAUAGUGAUUGAUAAAACUUUAAUUUUAACCUACUGCAGGAGAACAUGAGAAAAUCCACAGCAUGCUGAUAACAAUUCUGAAUGACGCUACUAUGCUCUUUAUAUUCCAGAAUCACCACUGAUAACCAUGUUCUGAUCAUUUCAACAGUCUCUAACUUGUUAGUUACCUUUUAGUUCAUUCUUCAAAAUUUAAAUCUAACCAAAUCAAGCAAAACAUAACCAACCAACCAAAAACUGACCUCCCCUGAGACUACAUAGUUGUAACAUAAAUCUAAAAUCCAAAAGUCUAAAUUUGAUUUAAUUUACCUAAUAUUUCUCAUAAAUGCUACUAUAUCUCUUUGGUCACUAUGUAUCAGGAACCCUAAAGUAAGCUGUCCUUUCAUGGAUCUUAAAUAAAUUGGGUAUAAAAUUGAUCACUUUUCAGGAGUCCCAGCAAAGAAGAAAACCUCUCGAGAAUUUGCAAGUUCAAAACUGACAAUUUGUAUAUUCCUACCAAACAUUUUCUAGGUUGUUUUUAUUUCUACACCAUUAUUCUGGGAAUUCUUCCAUUGAUAACUAGAAUAUUCAACAAUUUGCUUAGCGUUAAACAGUGUGAGAUCAUAACCCUGUGCUUUGGACUUUAUUCUUCUAGACCUGCCAUUCCAGGAAGUGCUAGAAUAAAAAUCCCCAUAAAAGCAUUUUUAAACAAAAAUCCCUGGGUAAUGUUUGAGUUAUUUUAAAUCCAGAUCAAAAUCUUGGACUCUUCUGAGUCCAUGAUGACAAAUGUUUGGAUGAAAAGUAGAAAAUACAGUUAAAAAUAAAAAUGUCCUAAAGUUUACAGAUUUUUGAGUUUGUGUACAUAUCUUCAAACUCACUCCUUGCAUGAUAGGGCUUGGUUUUAAUGGUUUAUUUUUAUCAGCACCAAGUUGCAUUGCACUAUUGAGGCUGAGCAAAUGCUGGUGGAAAGGUGAGUUUUCAUUUCCGGCAAUGGAUCAUUAUUUGUACAUCGUAAAUAUCAUGCCCAGCUACCCCUUUCCCUUAUCUCUUCCCCUGGGAUAAGUGUUAAGGAAUAGUAAUACUUAUUAUGGUAUGUUUAAGAAACCUUGGCCAUUACCCUGAAUCAAAACUUCAAAUGUUAGGUGGCAGCAGGAAACAAAAGAUUACAGCUUGAAUGAAUUUUUAAAAUUGAAUGUUAUAAAACUAUUUUUGAACGUUUUAGCUGCCUUAUUUAUGUUAAUAUAACUGUAGAGAGAUGCCAAAUGUAUAAUAUCAGAAGGGAAAACUACGAUUUUGCUGUGCCUACAAUUGUUUACAUUUUUUAAAUCUUCAGUUUUCAAAAGUAUGUUAAAUUGUCAAAAAUUUGCUAAAACUGGAUUAUAACCUCACCUGAGAAUGAGAGAAGAAAAUCUUCCUGGCAUAUUUUCCAGUCUGAAACUUUUGGUUACUUUCGGGUAUUUUUUUUCUUGCAUACAAAAAUCAUUGAGAAAGUACUUUCUACAGUUAUUCCAAGCAGUCAUUAAAAAUGAUUUGAUAGGUUUCCCCACGUGGUCACUACCAUGCCCUGGAAUAUCAUAUGCUAUUUUUGUCAAAAUAUGAAUAAUAAAACAUUAAUAGUAGGAUGCCUCCUUGUUCCUCAUUGCCACUUCCAAACUAUUCUUCCUUCCUCCUCCUGAACACUCAUUGUUUUGAAGCUGUUGACAUCAGCCUCUCAAGUCCCUACAUUACCCUCUUUUACUCCUUCUCAUUGCUCAAGAAUUUUAGAUUUUGGCUCACUGUUGCUCUCUUUACCACCACCCUGUCAUCAUUCUUGAUUAUUUCAAUAUCCACUUAGACAGUCCUACAAAUACCCUGGUUUCUCGGUUCCCUGAUCUUGACCAGUGAAACUUAACAUUACUAAUUACUGCAUCAGCUCCUUAAGUGAUAGCAGACAAUUCUUAUUUGCUCUAGGUAAAUCCCAUUCAACCUCAUCAAAUAAAGAUCAUUGCCCCAGAAACUGAAUCCUCUCUUCUGCAUCCCCUAUUCUGUUCUAUUUCACUGUAUUUCGAGUUUCAUUGUAUUCUGCAGUGAUCUCGCUGUGUUUCUGUAUGCUGCAGUAUCUCCAGUCUUAAACACCCUCCUUGGCUCCAUUACCCUCUCUAAGUGAAUCGGCCCAAUAGUCCCAUAGACAGUUGUUUUUGGAUAAACAUAGAAAUUGACCCUUUUGCUGUUAAACCUAGAAACUUGUAUUUGUUUUUCUUCAGGCCUCUCAAAAAAGUAUCAAAGAACUGGAACUCACCAGAUCAUAGCACCAGAUGCCCUCUUGCCCCUCCCUAGUUCCUGUUUUCUUACACAUUGUUACAUUUCUUCCCUGCUAUAUAAAUGCCUAGUUUUGGUCAGUCAGGGAGAUGGAUUUGAGACUGAGCUCCCAUCUCCUUGGCCGCAACACCCGACCAAAACAAAACCUACUUUCUUGGCAAUACUUGUCAUCUCAGUGAUUGGCUUUCUGUGUGGCAAGCAGCAGGACCUAAACCAAACCUACUGUUUUCGUAACGUAACUACCAUCUUAUUUAUCUGCUUCUCUUCACAGAAAAACUCUCUAGGGGGAACUGUGUAUACUUACUGUCCUAAAUUUCUCUCCUCUCUUGGUCUUUUGAACCAACUCAAAUCAGGCUUUCAUCUCUACCACAGCAGCUCUUGCGAAGGACACCAGUGACCUCCAUGCUUUCAAAUGCAAUGGUUACGUCUCUGGCUUCAUGCUGCUUAUCUGCAGUCUUUGACACAGUUAAUAAUUACCUCCUUCUUGAAAUGCUUUCUCAGCUCUGGGGCAUCUUUCUCAUGUUCUCUCACUUUUCUGGCCACUGCUUCUCAAUCUCCUUGGCUGACUUCUUGGAGUGCCCCAGUCCUGGGCAUCCCCCUCUAAGUGAUCUCUCCCAGUCUUGGGGCUUUAAAAACUAUACACUUACAACACCCACAUUUUAAUCUCCAGACCCAACCUUUUUCCUGAAUGCCAAAUAAAUUUGGCGUACAAUUUAUUAUUUAACUAAUUUCCUAUGAAGCACCUUCAUUUGGAUGUGUCAUUGACAUCUCAAACUUGACAUGUUCACCCAUCAAUACACAGUAAUCCUCUCUUAUUCAUGGUUUCAUUUUCCUUGGUUUCAGUUACCUGCGAUUAUCUGCAGUCUAAAAAUAUUAAAUUGAAAAUUCCAGAAAUAAUUCCUAAGUUUUAAAUUGUGCACCAUUCUGAAUAGUGUAAUGCAAUCUUGCUCCAUCCUGCUACAUCCCACUCAGGACAUGAAUCAUCCCUUUGUCCAGCAUAUCCAUGCUGUAAACAUCACCUUGUCCUUAGUCACUUUGUAGCCAUCUUGGUUAUCAGAUAGACUGUCAUGGUAUCACCGUGCGUGUGUUCCAGUAACCCUUAUUUUACUUAAUAAUGGCCCCAAAGUGCAAGAGUACUGUGCCUAAUUUAUACAUUAAACUUUAUCAGAAGUAUGUAUAGAUAGGAAAAAAAUAGUAUGUAUAGGGUUCAGUAUUAUCCACAGUUUCUGGCAUCCACAGUGGGUCUUCAAACUCCCCCUCAGAUAAGGGGGUACUACUGAACUCCCAUUGCAAUCCUCCCUGUGCCAGUAAAUGGCAGCUCUAUUCCUUCACACCAGAAAAUCUUGUUAUCCUUUAUUUUUUGCUUUCACGUACCACAUCGAAUCCAUUUCUUUUUUAAUCCCGUUUUCCCUAGUUUCAGAAUAUAUCCACAACCCACUCUGGGUCCAAGCCACUUCUUGCCAUCUCUGAGAUGAUGGUGUUAAAACAUAUACCAGGUUAUGCUACUUUUCUGCUAAAGUCCCUCAAUGCCUUCCCAUCUCACCUGGAAUGUCAACAUCCUUACAGUGGCCUAUAAGGGCAUUGUGAUAAUCUGUCCUACAUUUGGCCCUAACUCAGCUGCCACUGCCACUUCUCUGACCUCAUCUACUAUUUCUUUUGUCACUUUGCUAAAGUCACACUGGCCUCCUUGCUUCACCCAGAACACCCUCAAAGCAUGUUCUGUCUCAGAGUCUUUGCCCUUGCUGUCUCGGUCUCAAAACUUCCCCCAUAUGCCUACAUGGCUGACUCCCUCCCUUCAGGUCUCUGUACAAAUAUUCCUUUACUGUCAGAGACCUGUAUCAAAUAACUUCUCAUUCCCCCACUCAUUUUCUGCUUCAUUGCCUUUCGUAGUACUUAUCACCAUAUACUUUGCUUACUGGUCCGUCUCCAGUGCUUUGAAGAAUGUUUGGCAAAUGUAGUCACUCUAAAUAUCUGUUGGAUGAAAGAAUGAAUGAAAAUAAUAACAGAGCUUUGGAAUUUUUUUAAGGGUAAAAAACUAUAUGAUUAAUUUCAGUUUCAAAAAAAAUACACUGUCUCCAAAGUUUAUAUCAUAAAAGCAUAGGUUUGAUGUCAUAUAGAAAAUAGAAAACCCUAUAGAUUUUCUUUCCUGGAAGGCUAUUGUGGAUGGAAGAGACCAGGCUAUGACCCUGGCUAUACUUUCUUGCUCCAUGAAUCAUCUUAACAGGCCAAGUUGCAGGACUGUAAGAGGGGCUGUCAUAUAGAACCAUGAGAAAAGCAGUAUUUCAAAACUCUUAUAUUUUUACAGAUAAUGAUCCAUUUUAAGCUAUUGGCAUUGCAAUAAAUGCAGAGUUAUUGGAUGUGGGUGGGGAUUCUGAAUUUUGUUUUCUGGUCUAAAUGUUUAAAAAAACCAUAACAAUUUUUUUUUCUGAAACAAGAAAUAAACAACAGUGAAAGUAUCCUCCUGCCAAAUGCAGCUUGAAGACAGCCUAAUGACAUUUGGGUCUUAACAAUCUUCCAAGGACAACAAUUCUGCCUCCCUGGGAAGCCUCUAACAUCUGUAUAUAUUCAGCUCCACUGAAUGUUGCAUGAAGUUUCAUUGUAGAAAAUUGACACAUGCCUUCUGAUUAAUCUAUUGUUUCACUCAGUCUUGUAAAGGGCACACCCUGUAGUUUCCAUUUGUUCAUGUAUUUUCCUGCUCACUUAAUAAAUCUUUUUAAAAAAUAAAGAAGGAAGAUAAUGAAAUGAUGUCAUAUGAAGCAAUAUAACAGUGAAAGAAUUUUUUUUUGGUCCUCAUUACUUUUUGUGUCUUUUCACAAAUCUGUUCAGAUUAAGGACAGUGUGUAAUUCAUGCUAAAUGGCCAGGAUCAAGGUCUUCACCUUUCCAGGACCAAAAGCAUUUUGGAGUUCUAUGGUGCUUAGUUACAGAUUACUGAGGUCCUCUUGAAAAAUGCAGGCCAUUAGUUUCAGGGAUAGAUGG